ACAAACCCAAAGAAAGAGACGUAACCAUGAAUUUGAAAAAACCAAACUCCCAAACACCAACGGCGAACUCUCCGACAGGUCAACCGGACUCACAGUCACCAUCUCCGUCGGCGGAGGCGGCAAUGGCGGCGGUGGAGGAGCUAGUAGAAUCUCUUAAUCAACGGAAAAUGUACAGAGAGGUUACACUCGCUCUCCGAUCCGGUCUCCGAGACGCGCGAGCUGAGUUCUCCUUCCUCCGAGUUCGCGGCCUUCGUUGUCUUCUCAAGUUCCUUCGUUCUGUUGCUGAGUCUGACUCGGUUAUUCGUCUCUUUUGCCUUACUCAAUCUCUCCCUGAUCUUCAAGUGAUUCCUGUACUUUUUCAACAUUCACUAAAAGAUUCGGAAGAAGAUAGGGUUACCAGUUUGGAUCAUAUAUUCACUGUUGAACCUAUGAAGUUAACAAACCCUUCAACUGAUACUGAAGUUGCACUUGCACUUCGUGUUUUGGAAGGAUGCUGCCUGAGUCAUAGGCAAAGUACAAUUUUGGCUCACCAGCACAAGGCAAUUCCGGUGCUAAUGAAUAUAUUAUCGAGUAGAGGAGCUCUUGAGCAAGGUGCCAGCGUUGAUGCUUUGAUUGCUUUGAUGUUAGAUUCAACAGCUAAUCAAAUGGAUUUUGAAACCUGUAAUGGUAUUGAGGAAGUUGCUGCAAUUAUUAGAGACAAACAAGUUGAUGAAAAUCUCAGGAUGAAAUGUGGAGAAUUUUUGUUAUUACUCAUUGGGCACGUGGAUGGGAGAGAUAUGCAGCCAAUGGCAACAGUGCAUGAGGACAUACGUCGACUUCUAGGGGAAAAAUCUGCGUCAUUGAUAUGGGCAGCUAGUCAAUUUGGCUCAACUCUUGAUCCGGAGGAGAGGAUGACAGCUUUGCACAUCCAAGCUCGUAGAGUCCUGGAAUCGCUUGAUCUCUUUGGAGUGUAGCAGACAAUUAGUGAUUUUGGAAGGUUAAGAGUACAUGAUCUACUGAUUUUGUUUGGACAAUCUAUAUGCAGAGGAUUGGUGCCAACACUUUUGACUUCCUAUCAUGUCUAAGCUUAGAGGAGUGUAGGUGAGCCGAGUUGCUGCCUUUGUUGCCAUCCUCUGUUGGUGUUCCUACCAUUUCUCUACAAGACUGCUUUUUAACUCUUGCCUGGAAAUGCUACACAGCAACUUUUUGUAUGUCAAUUACUUUGGGUUGCUGUAUAGAGCUUGUUCAUCUCCCAGGAGUCAUGGACCAUGGUUUAUUAAACAUGUGUCGAUGUAUAGAUGACCGUACAUUGUUGGUUGACUUUACUGUAAAUGAUAGUUUCUGUUGACAAUCGGCAUUAACUUUGAUGCUUUA